CCAAGACGUCGCAGGCGAGUGGCUUUUGUGGCUCAGAAACGCAGUGACUGCCAAACGAGGCGGAUGGCCUAAAGCGAGCGGUUGUAGGCCUGCCCGAUUCCGUUUAUUCGAAAAACCAAACCGAUUUCCUGAAUUACCGAUUCACAGCGCGCGCGUGGACUCCGAUUGAGAAAAAAAGAAGCAAACAUUUCUAUUACAAUUUAUUUGUUUUUGUUUUGUUUUUGGUGUCUUCUGUAAUUGUUUUUGUUUUUUUUUUUGUACUAUUACUUUUGUUGUUGUUUUUGUUUUCUGCUCCAUUGCUGCAUUGUGAAUGAGGCCUAAAUGAAAGUGCAGAUAGGCAAGUGAUUGUGAAUGCGAACGUGACUGCACUGAGAGAAACGGUUGUUGCCCUGAAGAUUUUGUCAGAAAUUGCAUCGCGCUUUAGAAAUUCCAAAGCAAAUCGAAUGAAAGUGUCCAGAUAAUUCAAUGCAAUGAAGUGACAUCCGAAAGUGGAAUAAAAAGUCAACGAAACAGUCACCUGCUCCCAAAAUCCCUAACGAGAAACCCCAGAAGAUAUAUAGAAAUAUAUAUAUUUGAAAUAAAAGAUUGUAUAUCCAAGGAAUCAUGGUUGUGGUUCCCGCUCUGGGAGCCGCCGCCGUUUCGGUGGGCGGUCUACUCUUCAAGGCCAGUGCCGCCUCCAAGGCAGCCGCCACCGCGGGCGUGGCCGCUGUGGGCGCCUCCAAGCUGGGCCUUGCCAUUGCGGGCGCCAUCAAGCUGGCCACCGCCGUGAUCGGAGUGGGGAAGCUCACCAUCCUGCCCUUCCUGAUAGCGGCGAUAGCUUACUAUAACUAUGAUCUGUUCGAUCCCGAGAAUCGUCCUUUCAACGUCCAGCAAGUGGAACUGGCCUACGACUUUAUCAUCAUUGGCGGCGGGUCGGCGGGCACUGUGCUGGCCUCCCGGCUGUCUGAGGUGCCCCACUGGAAGAUCCUGCUCCUGGAGGCCGGCGGACACGAGACCGAAAUCUCUGAUGUCCCGCUCCUCUCGCUCUACUUGCACAAAAGCAAAAUGGACUGGAAGUACCGCACUCAACCCCAGCCGACGGCCUGUCAGGCCAUGAAGGACAAGCGCUGCUGCUGGACGCGCGGCAAGGUCCUGGGAGGCAGCUCCGUGCUCAACACGAUGCUCUACAUUCGAGGAAACAAAAGGGACUUUGACCAGUGGGCGGACUUUGGCAAUCCUGGCUGGUCCUACGAGGAGAUACUGCCCUACUUCCGCAAGUCGGAGGACCAGCGGAAUCCCUACUUGGCCAGGAAUAAGCGCUAUCACGGCACAGGUGGCCUCUGGACUGUGCAGGACGCCCCCUACAACACCCCCAUAGGACCCGCUUUCCUGCAGGCCGGCGAGGAGAUGGGCUACGACAUCGUGGACGUGAACGGCGAGCAGCAGACCGGCUUCGGGUUCUAUCAGUUCAACAUGCGGCGAGGCUCUCGGAGCUCCACGGCCAAGUCCUUUCUGCGUCCCGCCCGACUGCGGCCCAACCUUCACGUGGCCCUGUUCUCCCACGUGACCAAGGUGCUAACGGAUCCCCAGACCAAACGGGCCACGGGAGUUCAGUUCAUUCGGGACGGACGCCUCCAGAACGUGUAUGCCACCAGGGAGGUGAUCCUCUCGGCAGGAGCCAUCGGCUCGCCGCACCUCAUGAUGCUCUCCGGGAUCGGGCACGGUGAGGAGCUGGGCCGCGUGGGUAUACCCCUCGUGCAGCACCUGCCGGGCGUGGGGCAGAACCUGCAGGACCACAUCGCCGUGGGUGGGAUCGCCUUUCUCAUCGACUACCCCAUUUCGAUCGUGAUGAAGCGGAUGGUGAACAUCAACACCGCCCUGCGGUACGCCAUCACGGAGGACGGCCCCCUGACCUCCAGCAUCGGUCUGGAGGCGGUGGCCUUCAUCAACACCAAGUACGCUAACGCCAGCGACGACUGGCCGGACAUGAACUUCAUGAUGACCUCCGCCUCCGUCAUGUCCGACGGCGGGUCGCAGGUCAAGACGGCGCACGGCCUGACGGACGAGUUCUACCAGGAGGUCUUCGGGGAGGUCAACAACCGGGACGUCUUCGGCGUAUUCCCCAUGAUGCUGCGCCCCAAGAGCCGGGGCUACAUCAAGCUGGCCUCGAAGAACCCCCUGAGGUAUCCGCUCCUGUACCACAACUACCUCACCCAUCCGGACGACGUGAACGUGCUGCGGGAGGGAGUGAAGGCCGCGGUGGCCAUGGGCGAGACCCAGGCCAUGAAGCGGUUCGGGGCGCGCUUCUGGAGCAAGCCCCUGCCCAACUGCCGCCACCUGACCCUCUUCACGGACGACUACUGGAACUGCUUCAUCCGGCAGUACACGAUGACCAUCUACCACAUGAGCGGCACGGCCAAGAUGGGCCCGCCCUCGGAUCCCUGGGCGGUGGUGGACCCCCAGCUGCGGGUCUACGGAAUACCGGGGCUGAGGGUCAUCGACGCCAGCAUCAUGCCGGCCAUCACCAACGGCAACAUCCACGCCCCGGUGGUGAUGAUUGGCGAGAAGGGCGCCGAUCUUAUCAAGCAGCUGUGGCUGACGCCCACCACGGCGCCUGUGCACGGGCAGGGGCAGGGCCUGGGUCAAGGUCAGGGGCAGGGGCAGGGGCAGCAGGGUCAGGGUCAGAUCCCCCAGAAAUGGCGAAGAAAACGCUCCCUCGGGGGGGCCUUCAACUUUACGGACAGUGAGGUGGAUGCGGGAGUCUCGCCCGUUCAUCAAUGGCCUCUGCCAAGGUCAUAGGGUCAGGGGCGGUAGUGGGCGUGGGGUGGGGCCUAGCCUUGGGCCUGGGUGGCUAGCCUCUAGAACAAAAAUCCUCUUCGAGACAAAUUUAAUUUAUUAAGCUUUAGUGUGCUUCUCAUCACCCCUCCAAUACAUUGCUCUCCCUGCACCCCCAUUAACGUUUAUCCUAUGCCCCUGUGGUCACCGCCCCCUCCUCCCCCAUGGACUUAGUCACUUAAGCGCUUCAUGUAAAUAUCGAGUCAUUUAUGCUAAUUUUUAGGUUCAUUUGUAAUUUUUUUUGUUCGAGUAUCGUGUGUGUCUAAUCUAGAAUGUUUAUUUUUUUGUAUUUAAAGCUUAAGCUUUAGUUUCUGUUUAAACUUCGUUUUAUGUCGCGUACACGUGGAGUACCUCAGUUAGUCUGUAAGUCGAGUCUGUCGUUGCGAUGCAAGUGUUUUUGAUUAGUUCUUAACUCUUAAAUCUAAACCACAUAUA